ACAACCACUUGGUUCCGGAUUCCGAUUUUGCAGGUACGUUCAAUUUUCUAGGGCUAUGAAAGAGGGAUAAGCAUUUAUUCUUAUUUUUUAAAAUGGUAAAGGAAAGGAAAAGCAGAAACUAUAAGUUGGUUUUCUAGAGAAAGGGGAAAGGGUUUGGCUAUAUUCUUAUAUAUACAGUACAUAGCUAUGAUCUGAGAUUGAAAGUUGUAGAUUUAUUUUUGGUUUUUUCACAAGUUUCCUAGGUUAUUCAAUCUGUGGAAGAAGUCUUGACAACCACGUAUUUUUGGUCUUUUUGCUCUUUUUCCAAAAGAUUCUUUACAUCCUAAAAACUUGGGGCUUGGGGUUUCUCUUUUGCGUUCUCUGAUCUUAGAUCUUGUGAGAGAGAAAGAAGGUAAUUCUCAUUCGCAGCAUGUGAUUCAAUCCCUAUCGGGUAUACGGAAAAAAGUUGCAUCUUUUCCUAUCCACAUUGGACAUCAAGUGUCUUUAGCACUUAUAGGGUUGGUAACAAAUGAAUAUUCGUAGUCAAUUCUAAGUCUUAGGCAAAUUUUGAGGAUUCUGGCAUUGACCUGCUAGUAGAAGUUGUGAAUGUGGAAACUUUAUCUCUUACAUCGUUUAUACUAAAUUCAAGUGCGAUGAGUAAAGGACUUUACAGGUCAUAUCUGUAGUUCUUUGUUCUUUUGGGGAAAAUAUAAUAUUGAACUUUGUUGGUAGUAAUUGAAGUAGAAGAAGAUGAUGAAAUCAUGAUGCUCUCCGUCAAAAUCAAACAGUGAGUUUGGAGAUUAGGGACCAAUGUGGCUAACAAUAAGGACUAUUAAUGCUCCAAGUUAAAGAAGAAAGAUGAUUUUAAGUUUAAGCCCAAAGAUUAGGGACUAUUUUAGGGCCUUUCUCCGAAUUUAUACCCAUUCUUGCUUUGAGCUCAUCUUUUCAUAAUCAUUUCAGUCGUUCCUCUUAUUGACGCCGCAGUGGUGUUUAUGUCAAAGCCUGUAGCUUAUAGCCUGAGAAAAGGUGCGGACAGGCAUCCCAAAUUCCAACAAUUCAUUGUCAAAAAGGGUCAGAGAUUCCAUUUUGGUGAUGCCCCUGUUGUUGAUGAGGAGAAAGCUAUACAGAACGCUGCCAAAGCUCUUGUUGUUUUUACGAUGGCAGGUACUGCAGUUGUCUAUCAAUGGAACAGAAUGCAGCAGCGGAGAUAUCGAAGAGUCUUGAACUUAUUAAAGCAAGAACGCUCGGAGGUAGAGCAACAAUGCUUGGCGAAAAUGCAGCGAGAAAUCUUGGAGGAAAAGCGAAAAAACAACGAUAAAACGUGGAGGGUAAAGGCAAUGAAUCAGUUUCUGCUGGAGACAGCAGAAAAGGCGCAGUUAGAGGCAGUUAACGGAACAAAACCACAGGUUGUGGCAGUUAACGCAAGUCUUGAAGAAGUAAAUCCAUGAUUGAGGAACAAAAUUCAAUUUCUUUUUUCGUGUUCAUGUGCUGUAAUUAAGCCUUAGAGGCACAAAGCAUUGAGCAAAUUGUUUGUCAAUUAGCUGCUAUAACUAGUUGCUCUUCUCUUUUAUGUAUGAAAGUAAGCCUUGAGGUGGCUCAGUACUCAAUUUUAGUUGCUGUGGUUGUAAAUGCACAUCCUUCUAAUGUUAUUCAUUGGACACAAUAUAA